AUGGGUACGCCGGCGCCGACGACGUCCUCCUGCCCUUCCUGCUGCUCCGCUCUGGUCAGCGAGCAUCCCUCCGAGACGGCCUCGAGGGGUCGACCCUUCUCUGCGGGGGGCCACGAGUGGGUCCUUAAGUGCUUCCCCGACGGGGACACUCCCGCGAACGCCGACUUCAUAUCGCUCUUUCUCGUCCUCCAGAGCGGCGGCGUCAAGACGUUGAGCGUGAGGGUGGUGUUCGCGCUAGUAUUGGUCGACAAUCUGGGGCAGUCCUCGCCCCCGUUACGGUGCGGCCCGGUCACCUUCAAGGGCCAAGACAGCAGAUGGGGAAAAGGCCGCUUCAUUAAUAGAGCCAAAUUGGAGGACACGUCGUACGUCGCCGGCGACUGCCUCAUAAUUCAGUGCACGGUCUCCGUCCUGCAGCCGCCGCAUUCCGAAGACGUGCCCAAGAUCCGCCUGGCAUUGCCGCCGUCCUGCGAGUUGCACCGCCAUCUCGGCCAGCUGCUGGACGGCGGAGAGGGAGCGGACGUCACUUUCCAAGUAGGCGACGAAUUCUUCCCCGCGCACCGCUGCGUGCUCGCCGCACGGUCGCCCGUGUUCAGGGCCGAGCUCUUCGGCCCCAUGGAGGAAGCCCACAUGCAGCUGAUACAGAUCGAGGACGUGGAGCCGGCCGUAUUCGGCGCCUUGCUCCGCUUCAUCUACACCGAGUCGCUGCCGCCGCCGAUGCUGGAGGAGCUCGUCGACGCGAAUGGGCCGGCGUCCAUCGCGACGGCGCGGCGGCUGUUUGCGGCGGCAGAUCGGUACGACGUGGAGAGGCUCAAGUCGAUCUGCGAGGACAAGUUGCCCCGGGACAUGGACGUCGACAACGUCGCGCUCAUUUUCGAGCUGGCCGAUCGGCACCACUGCAGCUCGCUCAAAGAGGCCUGCGUCAAAUUUAUAACCGCCUCUCCCGAAACACUGUUUGCUGUCGUCAAAUUACACGGAUGGAUCCUGCAGGAUGAUCUCGUUCAGAAGCCAUUAAAAAAAAAAAAAAAGUUAAUUAAAUUUUGAACAAAUUAAUUAUUAGAUGUAGAUUGGCAUGUUACUUAGUUCGGGUAAUUAUACAAAUUCUGAUUCUGAUGAGGCUUUCGAGUUCCAGCUUUAUUAUUAUUGAAAGUUCUGGUCUGGUCGAGUUCCCCUUCUCUUUUCUCUAUAGUUUUGUUGUUAGUUACCCCGUUAUAAAAGGGCGCUCCAACGUUGUUCCUAACGCUAAUUUUAAUCCUUCGUGGUGAUUUUAUAUCUA